AUGCCACUCGGUCGAUUUCCUCAUUAUACAGCUAAAUUAAUCACAUAUAGCGCCAAAACAAAUUGUGGUGGUACAAGAUGGCCAACAUGUCAAGUAUGCAAAGAAGCAUUUAAAUUAAAUGAAUUUGCCUUAUGUGAAACAAAGUCGGUGUUUGUCAAAGGUCCUAUAAGUAAAAGUAAUCAUCGAUUAUAUCCAACGUAUCAAUUAUAUUAUCAUCCUAGUAAUUGCUUUGGCUUUUAUAUGAGUACAGUAAAAGAUGACAGAAAACGAAUACAAAAAUUGAAAAAAAAAUACGGUGGUAAUUGUUCAACGAAUGAGUACGACGAAGCAUACAAUGAUUUAUUGAAUCAACGUUUUGAAAAUUAUAAUCUCAUGUCCGAAUCAAAUCAAAAGGUAUUAAAAAUUAUUAUGGAAAAGGGUGAAUAUAUAACUGAUACGAACAAAACAAAUUCAAAUAAACGAAAACUAAAUAGUCAUGAUGAUAGUAAUGGGCAAGGCAAUAAAAAACGAAAAACAAUGACUGAAAUAUAA